AUGUUCUUACUCCUUGAGCACCUGCUUACCCAAGGACCUUUGCUGAACUCGGAGCAGCCUAGGGUUAUUGAGGCUUCUACCGGAUUCAAUGGCUGUCAUGCCUGGACACGCAAAGAACUGCCCCCAUCGUCAACCCAGCUUAACGACAUGAACCCUGACGCGGCCUUCAACCCCUUCUGCCGGCUACCGGAAUUCGGGAACGAUGCGUCCGAUGAGCAGUACGUUGAGGAAUACUACUCGUACCAGCUCUCCUGCUAUGUCCAGCCCUCCGCAAUAACGCCUACGGAUGACGACGACAAGAGCACGGCAGCCACCGCUUCCCACCAAGAAGGAAAACCCUCAUCGCGUCUUUGGCUGCGCAGAAUAUUGCAAUUUGCCGGCAGCCUGCUAUCAAAUGCCAAGGAGAUCAUUCGAGCUGCGGGAUCGACUACCGCGAGGAGGCUGGAUCAAGCUCGAGCGGAUAUCAGCACAUGGUGGUUGGCUAGCCGAAGACUGCGACUGUGGUUGGGACGAUUGAGGAAAGCCUUGCCCAUGAUCAUACUGUGCAGAGUCAUGGCUCAGUGGGUAUUGGCGCAAGACCGGCCCGUCUACGUCCUGGUCCACCUGGUGUCGAAAAUCGCAUCAUCUAAGGCUCUCCGCCCGACUUCCAGCGCGGCACCUCAGUAUUACGUCCACCAACUAGGCGGUCACGCAACAGAUAUAUCAUACCGAGAUGAGUUCUGUAAGUCACAACCUUUGACAACUUCAACAAUGGUCGCUGACUUUGUAGCAGGUUCCAAAACUGCGAUCAAGCGACAUCUAUACCGAAUCAGACAAGACGAUUGGAUAGGUAGGGUUCAUCUCGGUUGCCAUUAUGCCGCAAUAUGGUUAUACGCAAUGGCGCUCAAGCAAGGGUUUUUCAACAAUAUGAGUACAAAUGGACGUGCUGCUUCUGGAGUCGCCUGGCAGCGUGCAGAAAGCUGGAUCCUAGCAAUGUCUGAAAGUCGAGGUGAAGAAAUGACGCCACAUGAUGAGCCUGCAGAUGCAGCUUCCUGCUGCAGCGCACGGGUUCAGAGCUCGGGCCACUUUCAGCCGCUUUACCGGAUGGUCUCCGAGUUCGACCUUGACUUCUCGACGGAGCUAUCCCGUGCCUCGGCCAGUUCUGCUUUGUACUUCCCUACAAUUAGAUGUGUAGGGUCACAGAAAUAUGGCGACGGUUUUGGCGGAGGAAGCAAGCUCCGUUGGCAGCUAAAAGCGGCGGUGGAACCUGUAGCUCGGCUGAAGCUUUGUUCCGAGCGAAAACCAACCAGAGGACCGGGAAUUCCCGCGGCCCAGAAACCUCUGGUUUUCCCGUUUGAGAUUGCUGGAGAUAGCGCUUUCCUGCAAACCCAAUUGCAUCACAGCACACUCGAAGGACUCCUCCUCGGACGCAGCCGGUUGGCUUCUGCCAUCCAAACUUCCUCAAAGGUCGCCGCUCCCAGAUACCCGGGCCUUGCCCAGCAACAAAGGAGAAACCUCAGCAUUCACGAGUACCUCUCCGCCGACCUUCUGCGCCAGUAUGGAGUCAGUGUCCCCAAGGGAUCCAACGCGAAGACCGCCGCCGAGGCCAAGGCCAUCGCAAAGGAGAUUGGUGGUGAGGAUAUGGUCAUCAAGGCCCAGGUCCUCGCCGGUGGACGUGGAAAGGGUACCUUCGACAACGGCCUCAAGGGCGGUGUUCGCGUCAUCUACUCCCCCACUGAGGCCGAGAUGUUCGCCGAGCAGAUGAUUGGCCACAAGCUCAUCACCAAGCAGACCGGCGCCGGCGGCAAGCUCUGCAGCUCCGUCUACAUUUGCGAGCGCAAGUUCGCCCGCCGCGAGUUCUACCUCGCCAUCCUGAUGGACCGCGCCUCCCAGGCCCCCGUCAUCGUCUCCUCCUCCCAGGGCGGUAUGGACAUCGAGACCGUCGCCAAGGAGAACCCCGACGCCAUCAUCACCACCAACAUUGACAUCAACAAGGGUGUCACCGACGAGAUCGCCCGCGACAUCGCCGUUAAGCUCGGCUUCAGCGAGCAGUGCAUCGAGGACGCCAAGGACACCAUCCAGAAGCUCUACAAGAUCUUCCUCGAGAAGGACGCCACCCAGAUCGAGAUCAACCCCCUCUCCGAGACCUCUGACCACAAGGUCCUCUGCAUGGACGCCAAGUUCGGCUUCGACGACAACGCCGACUACCGCCAGAAGGAGGUCUUUGCCCUCCGUGACACCACCCAAGAGGACGCCGACGAGGUCCGCGCCGCUGAGUCCGGCCUCAACUUCAUCAAGCUCGACGGUGACAUUGGCUGCCUCGUCAACGGUGCCGGUCUGGCCAUGGCCACCAUGGACAUCAUCAAGCUCAACAAGGGUACCCCCGCCAACUUCCUCGACGUCGGUGGUGGUGCCACCCCCGCCGCCAUCAAGGAGGCCUUUGAGCUCAUCACGAGCGACCCCAAGGUCUCUGCCAUCUUUGUCAACAUCUUCGGUGGUAUCGUUCGCUGCGAUCUCAUCGCCAAGGGUCUCAUCAACGCCUCCAAGGAGCUCAACCUCAAGAUCCCCAUCAUUGCCCGUCUCCAGGGUACCAACGUCGAGGCCGCCCACGAGAUCAUCAACAACUCUGGCAUGAAGAUCUUCUCCAUCGACGACCUCCAGACCGCCGCCGAGAAGGCUGUGCAACUGUCCAAGGUUGUCAAGAUGGCCCGUGACAUUGAUGUCGGCGUCGACCCUAGGUUGAAGGAGCUAGCACUGGGAGCCGAAAUAUCAAACUUCAUCCCGCGCUUCGUCAAGUUUUCCAUGUCCCACCCGUCCUUCUCAGCUGCAUACGAUGAACAUGUUCAUAUGGUUACAUAUGCACAAUUUGCUAAGCAGAAAAAAAAGCCCCCACUCCACGUCUGCAGGCGAAGCGUGUCAUGUAACCACAUCAUCCACAUCAACGGUUCCCACUUCUCAAACGAUGGAGACGUCCUCUUUCCCAACAGCCAGAUGACUAAGCCUUCCAUCCCGCCUAACCCAGGAUCGAUAGCUCAGUGGUAG